CGCCAAUGGGCACGGUUGCGUUACAGAUCAAUGGAUCUCGGGAUUGAUUUCAUCGUUGCAGGCCAAUCGUUGCACAUUCGAGUCAAUGUCAAUGCCUUUAACCGUCGCCGGAAUGAUUUGACUUGGUGAUUGCAUUUUUUCAAGUGCGGGAAUUUUUGCAUGGGUUCCUUGAACUAAAAGCUCUUGAUACUCCCCGACAACUAAAUAUCACCGCGCCAACUUGCUAUCUGUUACGGUGCAAAUGUCCUUUAAGACACCUGUCGCAUGCCUGCGCUGCGCUGCUCGACGCUUGAAAAUACAUCAAACACACACUUCUCUUGGAAAUUUAUACCAGACCGGCCGGCAUUUUUCAAAAUCUGCAACACUGUCAUCGAAUUAUUCAUUACCAGCAGCCAAAUCGGAGUUUGAAUCGUCCCAUAAAUAUUGUCUUGACCUUCUCCGAAAAUAUGACCGGCCUUCCUUCACCCUUAGUGCGUUCAUCCCCCGCCAAACCCUCAGCUUCUACCUCGCCGUUCGGGCCCUUAACGUUUCCCUCUCCAUGAUCCCCGACACCACCUCGACCCCGACAAUCGGACUGAUGCGUCUCCAAUUCUGGCGGGAUACAAUCACACGAACGCUAGCCGGUCAACCGCCAAAGGAGCCCAUUGCCAUUCUGCUCGCAUCGGCGCUCUCAGAGCUUGACACGCGCACAGGGGGCCAAGCACGAAUAAGCAAAGGAUGGUUCCUGCGGAUGAUAAACUCGCGCGAACAAUACCUUACAAACACGCCUUACACAUCCAUCUCUGCGCUGGAGUCAUACGCUGAAAAUACCUAUUCCACCCUGCUCUAUCUAACCCUCAGCGCCCUGCCCCUGACUUCCGUUACAGCAGAUCACCUCGCAUCGCACAUAGGAAAGGCAGCAGGAAUCUCCACCGUGCUACGAGGGAUACCACUAAUUGCUUUCCCGGCCCCCCCAAACCAUCACUCGAACCAGCCUGGGGGCUUGGGCGGUGGAGCCGGCGGUGGUUCUGGCGCUCGGGUCGGAACCAUCACGCUUCCGCUCGACGUCAUGGCAGAAACAGGACUAAAGGAGGAAGAUGUCUUUCGGCACGGCGCGGAGGCCCCAGGGCUUCGUGAUGCGGUGUUCACUGUUGCGACUCGUGCGAGUGAUCAUCUCAUCACCGCCCGCCAAAUGCUUAAAAACCUGCGAGCCGGGCAGGGUGUAGGCCAUGAUUUUGAGCAUGAAGGGGAAGAGGGACAUGAAUACAAUGAUGUCAGUAGCAAUGGUAACGGUGGCGAUAUGUCAACUUCCAGCGCACAGCUGGCAGAGGUGGAAAGAUCGUUUGGUGUCCUGAUGCCUGCUGUCUCGACGUCCCUCUGGCUAGAUCGUUUGCAAGCGGUGGAUUUCGAUAUUUUUAAACCCGAACUUCGCACCUUUGAUUGGAGGUUGCCUUGGAAGGCUUACUGGGCUAAUAGGCGCAGGGCGUUCUAGACGGGGAUUUUGUGCCCCUUGGAAAGUUGAAAGAUUUAGUUGCUGUACUAAAGAUACGCGUGGUCGGCAGUAGAGCUAUAUCGAAUAAAUGUAUUUCUAUUUCUAUAUUGUAUUGAUACAGCGUGAUACGACGCAUAUACGCGUAUA